AUGGAUAAAGUAGAUGUGAUUCCAUAUUGUCGUCGAAUUUUUCAGAAUAAAGUAUAUCCUAGAGAACUAGAUCACAGAGACCCAAAAGUCCGAGGUCGUAUCCGAGUGCAGCUCAGAGAUGAAAAUGAUGGAUAUGUUAUGCCAGAAUUCAAAACAAGGAAAGCGGUUCUGGAAGUUAUAUGUGAGAAAAUUCCAAAAUUAAAAUCGCGGAUUCAGGGCGCAUCUUCCCAGCCUGCCCCAGCUCAACAGCAGACAUCCGCAAAGUCAAAGAAAGGACGCAAGGGGAAAUAGUCAGGGAUAUAAAGGGGAAAUAAUCAGGGAUAUAAAGGGGAGAUAAACAGCGAUACACAGAGAAGAAGUGUUUGGAUGACAAUGGCUGGUGUGAGUGGACAUCAUACUGACUGGAAUAGACUGAUAUGUGAUGAGAAUUUGAAUAAUCCAUCAUGUGCGACACGACAUAGUGACAUUUUCCUUUCUACAUUAUAUUCUAAAACAUUACAGUUUGUCAUUUCUUCCUGUUUGCACGUCCUAGGAAUAAUUUGAUGUUAUACAUAAUACAUUAUGUCAAUAUCACUUCUGUCUUCACACCACAGGGAUAAUUUGAUGUUAUAUAUAAUACAUGAUGUCAAUGUUUGUUUGUGUAUUAUUGACAGUUAUAUAUGUAUAUGUACAAAGUGAGGGAACUCAAGAACUAAUGUUAAGGUACUGCCUCUCAAUUUCAGACAGGAUAAAACAUUAAUUCAUAUAAAAACUGCUAGUUUGUAUGUUCGGAGUCUGCAAUGGUAAAGGUUUUCUGUUUGAAACAAGGUUUAUAUCUCAAUCACUGUCUGAUAUGCAUGAAACUAAGAAGUCGUCAGUGAUAUUUCACACAUGUAUUCUUUAUUUGUAUUGUUUAUUGUUGAUGUAGUACUGUUUUUGUUGUGUGAAAGCUAGGUAGGGAUAUUAACAUGGAACGGAAGUGAAUAGAUGCGAAAGAGCAAAUAUACCAAUUGAUUAUACAUGUAAAACUUACUGGUCGAUUCAAAGUUUUGAAAAAUGAAUAUGUUCUCUUA